AUGGCAUCGAUCAGACUAAACAAACCGCCAAACUUAAUGUUCGAAGUUAGUAGUCUCAUCAUCUUCUAUGCACAAUAUGAACGACCCCUUGUUUUCUUAGUUCAACCCAAAGUGGAAGCUCCGAAAUCCGUAAACGAUCGAUCAUGUGUCUUCGGUCAAGAUAGUCAAAUUUCAUGGAAGUUCAGUGGUAUCGAGAAACCCCAAGUGGCAUGGUUCUUCAAUGGUCAACCAAUUUCAACCAACAAUCGUUUUCAAAUGACUGAGACUGGUGAUGGAACAUCGACACUAUCGAUUCGUCAAGCGGAACUUGCCGAUCAAGGUGUUUAUACUGCUCGAGCAACGAAUGCUGUUGGUGAAGCUGAAGCUAAAACAACAUUGAGAAUUACUUGCAUCAAACCUGUCAUUAACACUGAUCUCAAUGCUGCACUGCAAGUCACAAAAGGUGAAACCAAGACACUCAAUAUCAGUGUCAGUGGAACACCGAAACCUAACAUUUUCUGGAUGAAAGGCAACACUGAACUCACACCCAAUGUUCGUAUUAAAGUGAAAACACCGAUUCAGGAUGAUGAUACAUAUACACUGACUAUCUUACACAUACAACCAGAAGACCAAGGAGAAUAUUCAGCCAAGAUUUCUAAUGUUGGUGGAUCACUUCAAUCCAAUAAGUGCAAAGUCACUGUUUUAAGUACGUUACCUUAA